AUGGUUAUGUUUCAAGACAAGAGGGAAGACAGUGAAGAGUUUGUUUUUAUUGAGAAAGGUGAACAAGAAGAAGGGGGUAGUUUUCAAUAUUUGGGAAAAUCUCGAUGGGUUGAUCCUCAUGAUUACGUUAGAAGAGCCAGAUCUUUAGAUCAAAAUAUUCAAAAUACUUCUCAAGUUAUUAGCACGGGUCUUUCAUUAGCAGGGUUUGCAUUAGAUCGUCAGCAUGAUCUCCCGCCACUAAUGAAGAAUAAAAACAUGUCCACUGGAGAGUUGGGGAAUUUAAAAGGAUCCAUAAAAAGAUCACAGCAACAACAAAAUCAGCGGCAUGAAUUAUCACAUAUACAAGAGGAGAAUAGAACAAGAAGAAGACGAAGAAUAUCUGAAUCAUCAUCACCACCAUCUGUUGUAUUUGACUUGAAAAAGAUUCCAAAUGAUGAUGUUGUUGAUGCCAUUUUUGAUGACAUGCUAAAGGAUCGAACAUUUUUUUGGGGGGACGCAAGAAAGAAUCUGCAUAAUAUUUCAAAGAAAAGGAAAUGGGCUCUUGUUUGUAAGAUGCAAGCGGGUGAUGAUUUCCAAUCACCUAAAGGUGCUUGGUCACCAGACAAUUUAUUGGCUACAAAUUUUCAAGAAGAGGAACUUUCACAAAAUUUAGAAAAUCUAAAGGAUCAACCUCAUAAGAUCUCUAGGGUCUUACACCAAUUGGAAAAACAACUUCGGCAUGAAUCAUUUUGUAAAACAUUUUUGGAUGAAAAUCAUAUUACCGCUUUAGCAGAUUGCUGUCACAGAAUCCAACCAAAUAAUCAGUUUGUUUAUCUGCGAUGCUUUAAAACCAUAAUGAAUUAUGCAGAGGGAAGACAGUUCAUUCUUAAUUGUUCCCAUUUGGUAGAUUAUUUUUGUUCCCUUCUAAAUGACAAAUACACAUAUUUAAAGAUUCGAACGUUAUCUUGUGAGUUAUUAUUACUAUUGACCUAUGUGGAUGAUCAAUUAGGAUAUGAGAAAGUUUUAAACCAUUUAUCACCUCGACUUAAAAGUUGGUUACAACAGGUAAAUAUCUCGUUAUCAUCCAAAACAGAUCCCAUUUUAAAUUCAGAUAUGGAAAAAUUAUACACACAAGACAAUUCUUUCUUUUUACAAUUCACCAAUACUGAACAAUUACGAAUAGAUUUUGCAUCCACCACGCUCUUUUUAAUAAAUUCCAUUUUACAGGCAUUAACAGAUAAACAGAGAAAAUUACAACUGGUGAAAAGGCUAAAGGAAAAUGGUAUUCAUCGUUGUUUCUAUUUGAUGAAAGAUAAUCUGAAAAAUGAAAUUAUCGAUGAACAAAUUGAAAUUUACAUCAAUACAGAACACGUUCUUAUAGCACAAUUUGCCGAUAAACCAUCAUUAGCAGAUUUGUUUUAUGGGAAUGCAUUGGAAUCAAUCGUGGCAAACACCAAAAAUACAAGUUUAGAACAACCUUUUGGAACUCUCAUUCAGUCAAUUAGUGAAAUGUUAAAAUCAAAGACCACGUCUGAGUCGGUAAAAGUAUUGAAGGCCUUAAUAAUCAUGUUUCAAUUUUUGGAAUCAAAUCUCUACAAUAAUAUGGAAUUUGAUCCAGAAUCUGUUUUUCAAGAUUCCAUAAACACUUUGGUAGACAAUUUGGAAUCAGAUGAGAUUGCAAAAAGGGCAAUGGGUGAGAUAAACUUUCUGCAGGAUGCUGUGCGUUCUUUACAGGAAGAAAAAGGUCAAUUAGAAAAACUAAGAGAUACAAAUAAGGAUCAAAUUAUACAAAAAUUUGAAUAUACGACUGCAUUAUUGAAGGAUAAAGAACUCGAACUCCGACGCUUACAGAAUCAAUUCAAAUCUAUUAAAGAUGAAAGAAGGGAAGAGAAAAAAUUAUUAGAUCAAACUUUAUCACACCAACAAAUGAAUAAUCAAUCAUCUCAUGUAAGAGGUGGUACUCCUACUAGUCCCACUACUACUCCUACUACACUUUUCCAAAAUUUAAAACCCCACAAAGAUGUAAAUAAACACAAAUUAGGUAAAGGACCUGGUAAGACGCUGACAAAAUCUCGGAGGGUCGGUUCCCUAGCCGCCUACGUUGCUGAUGAGCCUAGAAAACAAAUAUCCAUGGGGCUGCCACCUGGAAAUAGUAAUGCAAGCUCGCAUUUCAGACAAGCGUCUCAAACAAGUGGUAACCAUAACGGUGGCAAUAGUGCUUUCUCAUGGUUACCGCCUUUGCCAAAAUUACCAUCCGGUUACGUAUCAGUUGCUAGCGAUGCACAGGGACCGGGGAAGGCACCGGAACAGUUUGUGUCCCCUUCUCCAGCCUCUGCUCCAGCACCACCACCACCACCUCCUCCUCCUCCUCCUCCUUUACCUACUAAUUUAGUAAAAGCUGCAAUCCCAACGCCUCCACCUCCGCCUCCACCGCCAGCGCCACCGCUGCCUCCAAUGAAAAAAGCAUCUGAAGGACAGGCUUCAUCAGGACCACCUCCCCCACCCCCAUUACCGGGAAAAAUCUUGUCCGUAGGGGAAGCGCCGCCAGCACCAAUACCAGAUAAACCAAAACAGAGUUUGAAACAAAUUCAUUGGGAAAAAAUUGAUGAUGUGGAGAAGACCGUUUGGGAGGAUAAUGAACAGCGUGAAGAGACAGUGAAAGAGCUAGAGAUUAGUGGUAUCUUUGAAAAAGUACAAACAACUUUCCAACUCAAGAAUUCCACUGUGAAAAAAGUUAAAAAUGAUAAUAGCACGAAGAAAACAACCCAAUUGAAGAGCUUUUUAUCAAGAGAUCUGGCACAACAAUUUGGUAUUAAUUUACACAUGUAUUCACAAUAUCCAGUGGAAGAAUUUGUCUUAAAGGUUCUUAGAUGCGAUAACGAUAUUUUACAAAACGUUAGCGUACUAGAAUUUUUCAACAAUGAAGAGUUAACGAAUAUUCCAGCAAGUUUAUCUAGGUCGUUUGCACCGUAUAGUGCUGAUUUCCAAGAGAACAAAUCACCAACUGUUGACCCCAAUGAGUUGGAACGUCCAGAUCGAAUUUUCCUUGAAUUAUGUUACAAUUUAAGAUCUUACUGGCGAGAAAGAUCAAAAUGCCUUUUAAUAUUUGCCACUUAUGAAAGAGAUUAUUACGAUUUAGUUUACAAAUUACAGAAUAUUGACGACGCUAUUCAAAAGAUUAAAAAUGCAUUUAGACUUAAGCAGUUGCUCUACAUCAUAAUGGAAAUUGGUAAUUAUAUGAACAAGAAAAAUGUCAGCGGUAUCAGGUUAAACUCCUUAUCAAAAUUAUCGUUCGUCAAAUCAAGUGUCGAUAACAAUUUAUCUUUUUUACAUUUUAUUGAAAAAGUGGUUAGAGUCAAAUAUCCAGAUAUUUAUCAUUUUACCGAUGAUCUUAAUAAGGCAGAAGCAUUAGGAUAUAUUUCCUUUGAUCACAUACAAUCAGAGUGUGAAGAGUAUUGUUCGAAAGUAAACUCAGUCGUUCGUAUGACAACGGAGGGAAUCCUUUCACAACAAUCAAAUUUACAUCCCAAGGACGAAAUUAUGCGUAAGGUGAAAUACAAGAUUAACAGAGCCAAGACAAAAUCACAAUUGUUAUGGGAUCAAUACAAGUUAAUCAGUGCAGAUUUAGACAAGUUGAUGAAAUAUUUCGGAGAAAAUCCAAUGGACAAAGAGGCUAAAAAUUCUUUUUUUGCAAAUUUUGGUGAAUUUUCUGUCGUAUUUAAAAAAUGUGCCAAGGAAAAUAUCGAAAAAGAAGAAGCAUAUCGUGUUUAUGAACAAAGGAAAAAAUUACUUGAUACACGUAGAAGUACCAAAAAUAGUACUACAACUACGAAUAAUGUUAAAAGAUUGGAUGAUGUUAAGGAGCCUAACGUUUCCAAUAAACCACAGCUCAUGAACACUAGCGGACAAGAAGCAGUUGAAGAAGAAGAAGGUGGUGAUGGUGAAGACGACGCCGUGGAUCUUUUACUUUCAAAAUUACGUGGAGUUAAGAAGAACCCUGAACCACUAAGACGCCGCAGGAGUACACGAAUGUUAGAUAAAUCCGUACUCUCCACAACCAUGACUACUACUACUACGGGUAAAACUAAUAACGAAAUUAGCAGUACGGGUAACAAUAAAAGUGUUCGCGAAAGGGAAAAUGGUGGUAAUAACGAUAAUAAUCAUGACGUUAAUGAUGAUGACCAUCAACGCGAAUUCACCACUAAAGAAAGCUCACCGGUUGAAUCUCAGAACUCGAAAAGAGGUGAAUUACUAGAAAGGACUCAAGCGAUGUUAAACGAUAUUCAAAAUAUCUGA